AUGUCUAUGGGAUUAAGAUCGCCGUACAUAGUUACCGCAAGGAGAUUAGUUGCUAUUAUUCUCGUAGGUUUAGUCUUUCUCGCUUGCGCGUCCGAUGGUGCAUCCCGUGGACAUCUUUUGAGGGCUGGUGCACCCCGUCGGAGCCUCACUGAUACUACGAACCGAAAAGUAUUCGAUGUCACAGCUUUCGGUGCCAAGCCUGAAUCUGGCGAUUCAAAAGGACGCAAAAUGGGAGAGCUUCCCGGCGGUGGAGAUCCAACUAAACAAGUCCCCGUCGGUGAUAAUGGGAAAGAUGACGGCCCGAAUCCUGAUGGCAACAAUGAUACUGGAGUGGCAUUCAUUAAGACGUGGGUGGCCGCAUGCAGAGGAGAGUACAAAGGUCCGGCAAAGGUUCUUAUUCCAAAGGGCACAUUUUUGACUGGACCUAUGGUGUUCCAAGGCCCCUGCACCAGCUCGAAGGACAUCGUGGUGGAAAUUCAGGGAGAAGUGAAAGCCACAACCGAUCUGAGCGAUUAUCCCUCCCCUGAAUGGAUCCAGUUCGAAAGUAUCGACGGUUUGAUUGUCACCGGUGACGGAGUUGUCAAUGGCCAAGGCGAGAAGACAUGGAAUGGAAAUGGCUGCGAUAAGGACGACUGCCCCCAUGCCCCAUCCAGCUUGAAAUUUAUAAAGGUUAAGAAUGCACUUAUAGAGGGAAUCACAUCCUUGAACAGCAAGUACUUCCAUUACCACGUCACUGACUGCAGCGGCGUUACCCUGGACCGUGUGCACAUCACUGCUCCUGGUGAUAGCCCUAACACUGACGGCUGCCACAUCAGUGAUUCCGACAAUGUCAAAGUGAUCAACAGCGUUAUUGCAACCGGAGACGAUUGUGUUUCCAUCGGGCAGGGCGCCCGCCAAAUCACCGUCAACAACGUUACUUGCGGCCCUGGCCAUGGCAUCAGUGUUGGAAGUCUUGGAAAGUAUAAGAACGAACAACCCGUGGUUGGUGUCAAUGUGACCAACUGCAGAUUGUCGAACACAACCAACGGUGCCAGAAUCAAAACUUGGGCCAAUGAAAACGGAGGAGAAGCAAGCGGAAUUGUAUUCGAUAACCUUGUCUUGGACCAUGUAAAAGCUCCAAUCGUCAUCGAUCAACACUAUGGAAUGAAGAAAGAUCCGGUAAUUAAUUCAAAUAAUCCAAACGCCGGAGCGCAAUCCCUAUAUAAGCUCCGUGAUAUCCACUUCAGAAACAUAAAGGGCACCUCGUCGCAAAACGUUGCCGUGUCACUAGCUUGUAGCGCUAAAAACCCUUGUGACGGGGUUGAGUUGAACAACAUCGACAUUGCCUUCGGAGGCGCUGCUACCAACAAAAACACGGGCAUCGCAUCAGAAUGUUACAACGCAAAGGUUACUACUAAGGGCACAAUUAAUCCAGCAGCACCGGCUUGCAAAUGA